ACGUGUGUGGCGGACUCGACAGCACAGCCUCGCAGUGUCCGCCGCGGAGCCAGCCGCUAAAGGUUUAGCGGCUCCAACAACGACGGACAGUGUUCCUCAUUCUGAGGGUCGCCCGGCCCCGCGCCAUUUCAGCAGAGCAGAGCAGAGGAGCGUAGCGCAGCGCAGCAGCGCAGGCGGACGAGUCGAGUCGAUCGAGCUCCUCCUGCUCCUCCUCCUCCUCCUUCUCCCUCUCCUUCUUCCGCUCCGGGCGCAUUCCUUGCUUCACUUCGCCCGCGCCUUCCUUGCCUCUCAUUGAUAGAAGACGAGCGAGGCAUCGUCGCAUCACCUGCUGCUGCUGCUGCUGCUGCUUCCGCUGCUGCUUCCGCUGCUCGCGAGUUUCGUAAACUCUCGUUGAUCCGAGAAGUACAGAUUGUCGACUCGCUGCGGCUGCCUGAGAUCAAAUUUUUGAAGUAGGAGGGAGCCAUGGCAGCUGCAAGUGCCGUGGUCGGAGCUACAUUUCAGGGACUCAGAGCAGUCGAUGCUCCUGCGGUGUCCGAGGUUUCUCGUUUGAGAGCGAGCAAUGUGUCCACUUCUUCUGCGCAGCUCCGAUUUGGAGCCAGGAGAGCUGGAGCAAGGGCAAUGGCAGCAACAGUCACCGCACCCAAGAGAGAGACAGACCCGAAGAAGAGAGUGGUGAUCACAGGCAUGGGCGUCGUCUCAGUCUUCGGAAAUGACGUCGAUGUCUUUUACGACAAACUCCUGGAAGGGCAGAGCGGAAUUUCUCUCAUCGAUAGAUUCGACGCUUCCAGCUUCCCUACCAAAUUUGGUGGUCAAAUUCGCGGAUUCAGUUCACAAGGCUACAUUGAUGGCAAGAAUGACCGACGAUUGGACGACUGUCUUAGAUAUUGUUUGGUCAGUGGACAGAAGGCAUUGGAGCACGCGGGUUUGGGUGGAGAGAACUUGAACCAGGUUGACAAACAACGAGUUGGCGUUUUGGUUGGAACUGGUAUGGGUGGAUUGUCUGUCUUCUCUGACGGAGUUCAAGCUCUUAUUGAGAAGGGUUACAAGAGAAUUACACCAUUUUUCAUUCCCUACGCCAUCACCAACAUGGCGUCUGCUCUUCUGGCUAUCGAAUUGGGUUUAAUGGGGCCGAAUUACUCCAUCUCCACCGCGUGUGCUACCUCCAACUACUGUUUCUAUGCUGCUGCCAACCACAUUCGAAGGGGCGAGGCUGAUAUCAUGGUCGCCGGCGGUACAGAAGCGGCGAUCAUUCCUGUUGGAUUGGGUGGCUUCGUUGCAUGUCGUGCUCUGUCUACAAGGAAUGAUGAUCCUCAAACCGCAUCCAGGCCCUGGGACAAGGACCGUGAAGGCUUUGUUAUGGGAGAGGGUGCUGGUGUAUUGGUUAUGGAAAGUCUGGAGCAUGCUUUGAAAAGAGGAGCACCGAUCCUUGCAGAGUAUCUUGGAGGUGCUGUAAACUGUGACGCAUACCAUAUGACUGACCCUCGUGCGGAUGGGCUUGGUGUUUCGUCUUGUAUUGAGAGAAGUCUUGAAGAUGCCGGUGUAUCGCCAGAGGAGGUCAACUACAUUAACGCCCAUGCUACGUCCACAAUAGUUGGGGACUUGGCAGAAGUUAACGCCUUGAAGAAAGUCUUCAAGGAUAGCUCAGAAAUCAAGAUGAACGCCACAAAGUCUAUGAUUGGGCACUGUUUGGGUGCCGCCGGAGGACUUGAAGCUAUUGCUACCAUUAAAGCGAUCAACACUGGCUGGUUGCAUCCCACCAUCAAUCAAUUCAACCCCGAACCGGCUGUUACUUUCGAUACCGUUGCAAAUGUGAAGAAACAACACGAGAUUAACGUUGGUAUUUCCAACUCGUUCGGGUUUGGAGGUCAUAACUCGUGUGUUGUUUUCGGGCCUUACAAGGGAUGAGCUAGCAGGAAAAUUACUAGAGGUCCAGUUUUAUAUUCUUUGGUUCAUCGACCAUGAGCUUAGUUGCAAGGGAAAAGCGGAGAGUAGGGUCUAGGACGUGGGGUCGCAAAAGAAUCUCCACAUCAAUGAAUCCGGCCAAAUCAAGAGCAUUUUCUUCGUGUUGGUUAGCCUAUUUUGCUCUCGCAAAGUGUUAGACGUAGUUCUUAGGUUUAGAAGAGCUACCAACAUAUUUUUGAAUGAUUGGAGAGCCAAGCUUUACUUCAUAGAGAGAAAGCUAAUGAAUCAUUGCCACGAAACAACCAGACAUGGACUACUAUCCCGCAGGUGCCUGAUUCAUACGGUUGAUGUUGUGAGCGCAACACGUGGGCUGCACAUUUGCCAUUGUUUAAAUACUGGCAGCGUUAUACAGAUACUGGGACGUUUGCAACGGGCCUUCCUGCCGUGUGUUGUUCCUGACUACCGUAGGGCAACCGACUUUUAGAGAUGCUCCUAAGUUCAAGGUCGAUUCUGCGAAAAUUGCUUUGGUCGACCUGAAAUCUGACUCCAAUUCUGAAAUAAAUGCUGUUACGUGACAUUCU